GUCAUUUAAAGAUGGCGGAGUGCAUGGCCACACGUUUGGCCGCUCAGGAGGAGCAGAUCCGGCUCCUCUCAAGAGAAAUAUCCACCAUCCAGGACGGGCUGAGUCAGGGUCGGGAUGCCAGUGUUGGUGCGGAGGUCACGCCGGAGCUGGAGAGCCUGAGGACGGAGAAUGAGAAGCUCCGCUACCGGCUGCUGCACCUGCGGAGGGGUCUGCAGGAGGAGCUGCAGCUGGAGGGUCAGAAACAUGAGAAGAGUGGGAAAGCUCCGGAGAAAAACACCAACAAGGAGAAGCAGGCUAACAAUCGCGCUGAGAAGAAGGUGGCGACCCCGGAAACCAAGUCAUGUGACGGGAACAAGAAGGAGAAGAAGCAGGACAAGGGACAAGGAAAGGGGGGUGUUAAAGAGAAGAAGUCGUUGCCAGGAUAUGUUGCAGAGCGCCUCGGUCUGUACGAGCAGCUGAAGAGGGAGAGCGAUGCCCUGCUGGCGGAGAGAGCUGCGAACGGUAAACCCAUCAGUGUGGAGCUGCCGGACGGAGGCAAGGUGGAGGGCAGAGCCUGGGUCACCACCCCGUACCAGCUGGCCUGUAACAUCAGCCAGGGCCUGGCCGACAACGCUGUGAUUUCUCGUGUGAACGGGGAGCUGUGGGACCUGGACCGCCCGCUCGAGCGCGACUGCUCUCUGGAGAUCCUACGCUUCGACAACGAGGACGCCCAGGCUGUGUAUUGGCACUCCAGUGCUCACAUCCUGGGGGAGGCAAUGGAGAACUUCUAUGGAGGCUGUUUGUGUUACGGACCCCCCAUUGAGAAUGGUUUCUACUACGACAUGUUCCUGGAUGGACAGAAGGGGGUGUCCAGCACGGAGUUUGGGGACCUGGAGGGUUUAUGUAAGGCUGUGGUGAAGGAAAAGCAGCCGUUCGAGAGGCUGGAAAUCAGCAAGGAGACGCUGCUGGAGAUGUUUAAGUACAACAAGUUCAAGUGCCGCAUCCUCAAUGAGAAGGUCACCACCCCCACAACCACAGUGUACAGAUGCGGGCCCCUGAUUGACCUGUGCAGAGGUCCUCAUGUGAGACACACAGGCAAUAAAGCCAUGAAGAUCUACAAGAACUCCUCCACCUACUGGGAGGGCCGCUCCGACAUGGAGACGCUCCAGAGAAUCUACGGGAUUUCCUUCCCGGACUCCAAGAUGCUGAAGGAGUGGGAACGCUUUCAGGAGGAGGCCAAGAACCGAGACCACCGCAAGAUCGGCAAAGAUCAGGAGCUGUUCUUCUUCCACGACCUCAGCCCUGGAAGCUGCUUCUUCCUGCCCAGAGGAGCGUACCUCUACAACACCCUCACCGAGUUCAUCAGGGACGAGUACUGGAGAAGAGGCUUCCAGGAAGUAGCCUCCCCCAACAUCUACAACAGCAAACUGUGGGAGACGUCUGGCCACUGGCAGCACUACAGCGAUAACAUGUUCUCCUUCCCCGUGGAGGACGACGUCUUCGCCCUGAAGCCCAUGAACUGCCCCGGGCACUGUCUGAUGUUCAGCCACAGGCCUCGCUCGUGGAGGGAGCUUCCUCUGAGGCUGGCAGACUUCGGGGUCCUCCACAGGAACGAGCUCUCGGGAACUCUGACGGGCUUAACCAGAGUGAGGCGCUUCCAGCAGGACGACGCUCACAUCUUCUGCACCAUGGAGCAGAUCGAGUCGGAGAUGAAGGGCUGUCUGGAUUUCCUCCGCUGCGUCUACAACGUGUUCGGCUUCUCCUUCCAGCUUCACCUGUCCACGCGUCCAGAGAAAUACCUGGGAGACAUCGCCGUGUGGAACCAGGCCGAGAAGCAAUUGGAAAACAGCCUGAAUGAGUUUGGGGAGCCAUGGAAACUGAACCCUGGAGACGGAGCUUUUUACGGCCCUAAGAUUGACAUUAAGAUCAAAGACGCGAUUGGACGUUACCACCAGUGUGCGACCAUUCAGCUGGACUUCCAGCUGCCCAUCCGCUUCGACCUGACCUUUGUGGGGACGGACGGAGACGACAAAGCCCGACCGGUCAUCAUCCAUCGAGCCAUCCUGGGCUCAGUCGAGAGGAUGAUCGCCAUCCUCACAGAGAACUACGCUGGGAAAUGGCCUCUGUGGCUCUCUCCUCGUCAGGUGAUGGUCGUGCCCGUCAACACCUCCUUUGAGGAUUACGCCAAGAAAGUGUGUAAGCAGUUUACAGAAGCUGGCUUCAUGGCGGAUGCUGACCUCGACUCCGGCUGUCUGCUGAACAAGAAAAUCCGCAACGCUCAGCUGGCCCAGUGUAACUUCAUUCUGGUGGUCGGGGAGAAGGAGAAGAUGACUAACGGCGUCAAUGUGCGCACACGAGACAACAAAGUCCACGGAGAGCUGUCGGUGUCCGAGGUGCUGGCCCGCCUGACCCUGCUCAAACAGAGCCGCUGUGCGAACGCUGAGGAGGAGUUCUGAUCCAGAUACAAUGCACACUCGUACACACUGUGAUAACUCCACUACAGUUAUUGAUGGAGACGGGCAUAAAGGGACAAGGGAUGGCACAUGUGACGAUGGUACAGAGGAAAUGUAGUAGAGCAGAAAUCAGAUAAGAACUGAUGAUUUCUGUAAGCAAAUGUGACGAAAAGUGGCAUGAAACGACUUCAAAUUGCCCAUUAAUCAUGUGUGAAGGGUGGAAAAGGAUUUUGUGUGUGAUGUGUUGGCAAUAACCUAUGCCUGAAGGGAAGUUACUUGAUAAGAAAACAAUGUGAUCAUCGUAACGAAGGAUCUAUGAAUUCGGCACUGAUUUUCUGUCUGUCGGGAAAUAAAAUAAAAUGACUCAG